UUUCUGUUUAGAUAGUAGAAGAAGGUUAAGGUUAAGCUAGCGUCAUACAGAAGAAGCAAGGCUACCGAAGGACAUUGCCAAGGUCGUUGCCAUCAUAAUCAUGUCUUGUGAGCCGAAAAACGAGUUGACAGCUGAAUCUGCUUGGCUAGAUCUAAAAGCCUACUAUGACCAUCAUGGAUCUUAUUUACAUAUGGAUGAAAUGUUCAAAAAUGAUCCAGAUCGGUUUAAAAAAUACAGUGUUUCUUUGGAGGACUCCAACGGCAACUUGUUGUUGGACUAUUCCAAGAAUCUCAUCAAUGACACUGUUAUCGAGAAACUGAUUGAGCUGGCCAAGCAGCGCAAAGUUGAUACCAUGAGAGAUGCUAUGUUUAAUGGUGAAAAGAUCAAUACAACUGAAAACCGAUCAGUCUUUCAUGUAGCCUUGCGUAACCAAAGUAACCAACCAAUGAAAGUUGAUGGUGAAGAUGUAAUGCCUGGUAUCCAAGCUGUCCUUAAGCAUAUGAGAGAGUUUACAGACUCUGUGAUCCAAGGGCGAUGGAAAGGUUACACCGGCAAAGCCAUCACAGACGUGGUAAACAUUGGCAUUGGAGGCUCAGACUUAGGUCCCUUGAUGGUAACAGAAUCAUUGAAGCCAUUCCAGGUUGGACCUAAUGUGCAUUUUGUUUCUAACAUUGAUGGUACUCAUUUAGCCAAGACAUUGAAGUAUUUGAAGGCUGAAACAACCUUAUUCUUAAUUGCAUCAAAGACCUUCACCACUCAGGAGACUAUAACAAAUGCAAACUCUGCAAAGAAGUGGUUUUUGGACAACUGCAAACAACCCAGUUGCAACAUACUAGGUCGCUGUCUCCCAGUCAGAUUAAAUACGACUAACCAUGUGGCCAAGCACUUUGUUGCCCUUUCAACCAACAAGAAACUUGUCACAGAAUUUGGAAUUGAUGAGAAAAACAUGUUUGAAUUCUGGGAUUGGGUUGGAGGCAGAUAUUCAGUGUGGUCUGCUAUUGGGCUGUCUGUUGCUCUGUUCAUUGGUAUGGACAACUUUGAAAUGUUUUUGAAGGGAGCUCAUUUUAUGGAUCAACAUUUCAAACAGGCUCCUUUUGAACAAAAUAUACCUGUUAUUCUUGCAAUGCUUGGUGUUUGGUACAGCAACUUCUAUCAAAUGGAAUCUCACUGUUUGUUGCCAUAUGAUCAAUACAUGCAUCGUUUCCCAGCAUAUUUCCAACAAGGGGACAUGGAAAGCAAUGGCAAAUCUGUAACACGCACUGGCCAGCGGAUUAAUUAUAAUACUGGACCAAUAGUGUGGGGAGAACCUGGUACCAAUGGACAGCAUGCUUUCUAUCAACUUCUUCACCAAGGAACCCGCUUAGUUCCUUGUGAUUUCUUGAUACCAGUGAACACACACAACCCCAUUGGUGAUGGAAUUCAUCACGAGAUACUUCUGUCUAACUUCCUGGCACAAACUAAAGCUUUAAUGAAGGGAAGAAAAGAGGACGAGAUACUUGAAGAACUGAAGAAAUCUGGAAUGGCCGAGGAUCGUAUUAAAAUGAUUUUGCCCCAGAAGGUGUUCAAAGGCAACCGACCUACCAAUUCUAUAGUCUUUUCCAAACUGACUCCAUUUAUGCUCGGGGCUCUGAUUGCUAUGUACGAACAUAAGAUUUUCGUGCAAGGAAUUGUUUGGGACAUCAAUUCUUACGAUCAAUGGGGAGUUGAACUUGGCAAAGUCUUUGCUAAGACAAUCCAGCCGCAAUUAAAAGGUGACGAACUUAUUACCAGUCAUGAUGCUUCUACAAAUGGCCUGAUUAGCUUCAUUAAGAAGGAGAGGAAAUAAACCCUAAACCUGAUUCCAUUGCCCUCAGUAUCUUCAUUUAACUUAGAAAUUAAUUUAUAGGUCUUUACAUCAACAGAAUAAUUAAUAGAUCUUUACAUCAAAUUUAAAAAUUGAUGUAAUGAUCAUGCUACUGUUACAGUGUUACCAGAAUGUACUAUAUAUAUAUUAAAGCAGUUCUAAUGGAGCAGUUUCUCAGAGUAUGUACAUGUAUAUAUCCAUAUAUAUAUAUGUAUGUAUGUAUAUAUAUAUACAUAUAUAUAUAUAAUGUAUGUAUGCAAAACUAAACUAUGUUUCCCACACAAAAUAAUUGCAGCUGUGAAUUUUGUCCUUCAAUAAAGUUGUUUGCUCUCCUUUUGGGA